AUGGCCGCCGUGCAAGAUACCAACGUGAUGCCAGAGCCUUGGUUCAAUAGACAGCGAGUGGCACAUGCUGUACAGCCUUUCAUCAUUGGCGGCGCUUCAGGGAUCGUGGCUACGACAUGCAUUCACCCUAUCGACGUGGUCAAAGUGAGGUUGCAGCUGGCCGGACCGUUUGGCAGCACCAGCGCUCGGCCCAGUGCUUUCUCAGUUGCCAAGAACAUUGUGACGCAAGGCAGACUUCUGGACUUGUACCAGGGCAUCUCGGCAGGAUACCUCCGGCAGGUAGUCUACGGCACAGCUCGUUUGGGGUUUUUCUACACGUUCGAGGACGCGCUGAAAAGAAGAGCUCUCAGACACAAUCGCGAAAUAACGUUCCCAGAACGUGGGCUUGCCGGACUUAUCGCGGGCGGAUUGGGCUCAUUGAUUGGAACUCCCACCGAGGUGGCAUUGAUUCGAAUGCAAAGCGAAGGAGCGAAGCCGCCCCAUGAGCGUCUAAAAUACCGCUCUGUCUUUGAUGCCCUAGCAAGGAUCACGCGGACAGAAGGCAUCCGGGCGCUCUGGAGCGGCACCUCCCCUACCGUCAUCAGGGCCUGCUCGACAAACUUCGGACAACUCACAUUUUUCUCGGAGUCGAAACAUCAACUUUCAAAACGCACAAAUCUGUCGCCGCAGGCUCAGAGCCUGAUUGCGUCAGCGAUAGCAGGGACUUUUGCCGCCACCUUGAGCUUGCCAUUUGACUUUGUCAAGACGAGACUUCAAUUCCAGACCAGACAACCUAAUGGAACGGCGAUGUAUAGAGGGACCUUUGAUUGCUUCGUCAAGGUAGCCAGAACUGAAGGCUUGACUGCAUUCUACCGUGGCUUUGUGCCGUACUACUUCAGGAUGGCUCCGCAUGCGUGA